AUGAAACAGCAACCAAAAAAUUUUGAACUUUCAAAUGAUUAAGAAAAGUAGUAAUAAAUUGAUCUUGAGGAGCCUUAUUAAAAAUCUGGCAAUGAAUUAUUCUCUCAGGAAACUCUGAUGAGGAAAAGAGAAAAAUUAUCUCCGAUAAUUGAAUCAAAUUCAGGACAUUAAGAAUAAUUAAUUUUGUAAUCUAAUACACCUCAAUAACUUAUAACUCCUAAAAAUGAGACAGAAAAAUUAUAGACAUUUGGGCAAGUUGAGUUAAUAAAAUAAUCAAAAUCUUUUAGAAAACUUAUUGUUUAUUUUCAUUAAAAAGAUUUUAUCAAAGUGCUUUUAAUGCCAUUCAAAUUAACAUCUAGCUUUAAAUAACGACACUUUAAUUUAAUCAAUGAUUUAAGUGCUUCCUACAAAAAUUAUAAUGGAAGAAGUAAUGAUACAUAGAAGAAAUUGAUUCAUCAAUAUAUCUCACUAAUCGAUAUUAGAAUUUAAUUGAGAUUAAAAUUUAGAAUUAUUAAAACAAAAUGUAAAUAAUAUCUAACCUAUAUACAUAAUCAAAUACCUUUAAUUGAACCAAUGAGCAACACAUAGUUUUUUUGGGAUUUGAUUUGUUUUACUAUAAGAAUUUAUCUAAUUAUUGUUAUUCCUGUAAUUAUGGCAUUCCAUGGUUAAAGUUUUAUAACCUAAUAGUUAGGACCAUUAUUACUUUUUUCAAUAAUAUUGAUUUUCGAUAUUAUUACUAGAGCUUUUACAAUCACAUACGAUUAAGGAUUACCUAUAAGAGAUAGGUACUUAUUAUUUAAAAAAUAAUUAAAUUUUUCAACAGUCCUCGAACUGUUUAGUUUUAUUUAUACAAUAGUAAUAACUUUAUCUGAAGAUGAUCCUAUAGAUAAAUACAUUCUAAAAGAAGGAUGGCCAAAAAUUUUAUUGAGUUUGUUGUACAUUUAAGUUUUCAAUAUAUUGAAAUUUAUUGAUGUUUCAUAAUAUUCUCUAAAAUUAAGCCGCAUGUCAACCUCAAUUGUAGAUUUAAUAAAAUUAAUUGCUUUAAUUUUACUUGUCUAGCAUAUAUUUAGUUGUGUUUGGCUUAUAUUUGGGGCAUAUUCAGUUGUAAAUUAAGAAAAUUCUUGGUUAAAUCCUUAUUAACAUGAUGAUUGGUCACUUUAAUUUCUGUAAUCAUUUUACUUUAUUUGUGUAACAACUUUCACUGUUGGUUAUGGAGAUUUAACACCAAAAAGUAAAGAUAUUUUAAUUAUUUAAAGAUCCUUCUGAAUAGAUAUUUACUAUAAUCUAUAUGUUUUUCUGUAUGCUUUUAUUUUCUUACACAGUUAAUACAAUUGGAACCAUUUUAACUCAAAUUAAAGAAAGUAGUGAUAAAAUUAAAUCUAAAUUAACAGCAAUAAACCUAUAUAUGCACAAUAAAUCUAUUAGUCCUGCUUUAUAAUUCAAGUAAUUUAAAUAUUAUUUUAAUUUUAAGGGUUAGAGAAUAGUUAUAUUUCUACUUAAAAUAAGAAAUAAUCUAAUAAGUUAAUGAGCAAUCUGAGAUCAUAUAAUUACUUCCUUAAGAUUUAUAACAUAGUCUUAAAAUUGAAGCUGCAAAAUCUAUAAUCAAUAAAUGCUCAUUUUUUAAAGAUAAUUUUUCUAAUGAGAUUUUAAAUUAAUUGUUGGAGGAAGUUAAUUUUCAUAUGUAUCAACCAGGAGCAAUUAUUCAUUCAAAAGAUGAAUUCUAUAUUCAUAUUAUUGAAUAAGGAUAAGUAGAUGUUAUGUAUAAAAAGGUAUAAAACUUAAUUUAAUUCUAGAAAAUAAUACAAACUUUGGAAAAGUAUGAUUAUUUUGGUUUAGAAGAAUUUAUAAAUUAAUAGGCUAAUCCAAAUAUUACUUUUAAAAGUACUUCUUUUACAAGUGUGCUUUCAAUUCCUCAUUCUUAUUUUCAUAAGAUUUUAUCAUAAAAUGACCUUGAAAACUAAAAAUUUCAUAAUCUUUUAACUUAAUCUCCUUCUAUUUCUAAUUUCUGUUUUAUUUGUAAAACUAAAUCUCAUGAAACUCAAAUGUGUACAUUGGUUCAUUUUGUACCAAAUAGGGAAGUUAUUAUUAAAAAGUAUCUCUACAGAAGGAAAUAAAAAAAAAGAUUGUCCUAAGAUAGAAAAUUAAGAAUGAUCUUCUUAAAUUAAAUAGAUGAAAAAACUGAAGAAAGUAAAUUAUAAUAAAUAAAGUUUUUAAAUGCAAAGAAACAUUAAAAAAUGGUUAUGGAUUCUGUGAUAAAAUUUAAAAAUGACAAUGAAUUUUAUUUAGAAUCAUUAUUUCCUAAUAUAGAAUAGCCUCUUAGUAUUGAAAGCUAAAGUGAAUCUGAAAAUGAAAAUUAAGAUGAAUUGAAAGAUUAAAGCAUUUCAGAAUAAAAUAUAAAAUUUAAAGGAGAAAGCAAAUAAGUACCUAAUCUUUUAUCGAAAAAUUUAAUUUAAUUUUAAGUGCUCCAAAAGUUAAAAAAGAAAAGAUUAAUUAAUCAAAACUAAUAAUAAUAAUAACUAUCACCACCAUUGAUGACAUCUCAAUUUGGUUAAGUAAACCUAACAUCUUAUUUUUCUACAAAAUAAAAUCUUAAAUAGAAUAUAUAAUAAGUAUACGCUAAAUCUUUUGAUUUAGAUUAGUUAAUAGAAGAGAUUAAUAUUUAUGAUGAGUUAAGAAUUAAAAUGAAUAAUUUAGUACUUUUUCCGAAAAAAGAGUAGGAAUAGAUUGAAUUUUGGUAUAAGAAACUUUCUAAUCUCAAAGAAGAUCUAAAUGAUAUGGCUAAUUUUGAAUGUUUAAAAAAUUAUGAAAUUUAUUGUAGACAAUGGAAUGUAGACACAGUAGUAAAAAAGAUAACCUCUAAACCUAAAAAAAUUAGAGGAUUAAAACGACUGAAGAGAUAUUUAAUUUUUCCUUAUCUAUUUAUUAAUAAGUACUUAGAUAGAAAAGAUUAAAACGAUAUUAAUAAAACUUUAGAUAAAUCAAAAAGGAAAAGUUAAAUUUAUUUUAUUAUAUAGGAUCCACAAAACCUAAGGUUAAUAAAAAGAGUCGUAUAACUCCUAAAUCAUGA